AUGCAAUCGAAAACCGCCUGGCUCGUGAAACUUUCCCUUUUCGGCUGCAGACAGAACUCAGAUCCUAAAAGCGCACUCAGAAUCACGGAUGAGUUAGUCGGGCACUCAGUCAAGGCGCAAUCAACUGCCCAGCACAAACUGGGCUCAUUCUUACAGAAGCCCAUCAGCUGGGCCCGAAAGUCGUUUGCGGCCCAUUCGCCGUUUGUUUCCUUGAUUAAAGCUGGGCCUGUUGCGGCCCCGGAUGAAAUCCUGCCACUCGGCGAGAUCGUCCCUUGUUUUGGGGUGGAAUCCAGUGGGGUAGGGUACAGUGACGUCCAUUUCGUCUCCGGGGUAUUUCUCCACGAUGAGGCGAGUGACUUUCUGCAUCAAGGGCAUGUUGAGAAAGCUGGAGCCCCACGACCUGCCUGGGUCGGUCAGACGCCGGAAGUCCCACGUGAUCCGGCCGAUCGUCAUGAAGUGGUCGGAGCCGUUGGAUCUCUUCCAGUGGGUCUGGUUCCGGACCCACCGGAGCAUCAUCUUGCAGUGGCGGUCGCGUCCGGAGGUGUCGUUGGACCAAAGGUGCUUCCCUACGGCGAGGCCGGCGUAGAACGGGAUGUAGAACGCGGUGGCGGAUUCCGGCGACGUGGUCCGGCACCUGUGCCGGAGUACGCGGUGGUCUCCGGGAAGGAGGCGACGGAGCUCGGCGGCGUUGCGGCCGUAGCCGUGGUUGGAGAUGAUGCCGCACUCCCAGUUCCAGGGGUCGAGGUCGGUGCAGUCGGGGAGGACCAGAUCCCGGUUGAAGGCGGCGGGGAGGUCGUAGGCGUAGAUCCUGCCGGAGGGGCAUUCGUCUGUGUAGGGAGGGGCGGGGGAUUGGGGCAGGGGCAGGGGUUUGGUGGCGUUUGCGGGCACGGCGUUGUUGGGCAGAGGGAGGUAGCGGACAGGGGCAACGGCGGCGGAAAUGGCGACGGGGGAGGAGCGGUCGGGGAAGCAGGGCGGCGGGGUGCGGACGAUGGAGAUAAUGAGGGCCUGGACCCAGAGGAAGGCGAUGAAGAGCCAGAAUCGUGGGUGCGAGGUAAUGUGGAUCUUGACGGUGUUGAGCGCGUUUCUCAGGGGAUUGGUGUUUCUGGGAGGCGGUUUUUUCAGGGUUUGGGUUUCCGGCGAGCAGGAAGUAGGGAAGAGAUGAGAAGAUGA